UGGAUGGCAAUGACCAAUAGUAUGAGGGGUCUCGCUCGCGGAUUCUACGUCACUCCGGGGCCCGGGGAGUUUGGGCCUGGGCCGUGAACCAGUAGUUAGUUUCCUGGCGUCUGGAGUCUCGUCCUCCAUCGCUGACUUCAGAGAAUCUUUCAAGAGUUGACUGGAAGCUGCGGCCCUUAUUAGAUGGCCGCGCCUCGUCACUGAGACGCAGGGAGCCACGCAGGCAGCGUCCUCUCCAGCCCUCCACGGUGGUUGACACACAGCUCUUCUGGAAUUGCGUUUCAGGCGACCUUGAGCGGCCUGUUGUAGUUCCUGCCUGCAGGAACUUUGUGGGAAUUUUGGUAUAUGGAAAAUUGCUCUGUUCCAGCUGGUGUGAAUCCAGAGGUCUUAGUAUCGUACCAGGACCAAAAUACUGUGUCAGCCAGCUGAGGACCCCCAGAAUCCCAUGGGUUUCUAAUUCCAUUUGUUCAGGAGCACCAUGGCCCAUGUUGUCUUGAUUCCUGGGUUGACUCGCAGCACUGUGGGAGCCAUCUACACGCAGGCUGCUUCGUGGAGAUUGACAGCCAGCACUUGGCGGCACCUUACUCUAACCAGCAUAAUGAAAUCUAGAAGGAAAGCUGAUCACUUGGAGAGAACUGCAAGUGUCCUCCGACGGGAGGUCAUGGCUACAGCUAAGGUGUGUGAAAUUGCCCAGGAGUCUCCAUCAGUGAAGAGCCUCCGUUUGCUUGUCGCUGAUAAAGACUUCUCUUUUAAGGCUGGCCAGUGGGUUGAUUUCUUUAUCCCAGGAGUCAACGUCGUUGGUGGGUUUUCAAUUUGCUCUAGUCCCCAACUGCUAGAACAAGAGAGAAUAAUAGAGUUGGCAGUGAAAUACACAGACCACCCUCCUGCUAUCUGGGUUCACAAGAAGUGCACACUUGACUCUGAAGUGGCGCUCAGAGUGGGUGGAGAGUUCUUCUUUGACCCUCAGCCCACAGAUGCCCCUCGAAACCUCGUGUUGAUUGCUGGAGGGGUUGGGAUUAACCCCCUGCUUUCCAUCCUGCGCCACUCAGCAGAUCUCCACCGAGACCAAGCGGACAAAGGAAGAGGCUAUGAGAUAGGAGCAAUAAAGCUGUUCUACAGUGCCAAGAACACCAAUGAACUCCUGUUUAAGAAAAAUAUCCUCGAUUUAGUAAAUGAAUUUCCUGAGAAGAUUACAUGCAGUUUGCAUGUUACAAAACAGACGACACAAAUCAGUGCAGAGCUUAAACCAUUCAUCACAGAAGGAAGAAUAACGGAGAAGGAGAUACGACACCACAUUUCAGCAGAGACUCUGUUCUAUAUCUGCGGCCCGCCUCCAAUGACGGACUUUUUCUCUAAGCAACUGGAGAGCAGCCAUGUUCCCAAGGAACACAUUUGCUUUGAGAAGUGGUGGUAGGGAAGCCGGCCCAGACCUGAGAGCCACUCAGGAGAGUGAGACUGUUUAGGGUUUGUGGAUUUGCCUCCUCCUGAGCUAUCUUUUUUAAAGCUGUGAACUAAGUGUCCAACCCAAGACUAAAAGAAAAACCAGCAACAGAUUUACACAAUAAACAUGCUGUCAACUCGUGAGUCAAGCUUUUCUUGACUAUCCUGAUUUUUUUCUUUCAUUAAUAUCUAUUUAACUAUUUCAUGAUAGUUCAUUGUUAUGGAGUUUCUGGCCCCAGGAAAAGACCAUACACUCAGUCCAAAUUGAUUACCUACUAGCAGGAUGACAGUCUCUGAGCCAAGUUUGAGAUUGCCCUGAAGGAGGGGUAUUGGGAAAGGUUUAUUAAGGGCGAAAAGCACAUGAAGACUUUCAACAUCUACUCAAGCAAGCAAAAUCUGGUCUUUUCUGUCAAGUGAUCAGUGUGACUCAAAACAAUCUGUGAGUAUCUGUAAACAAGUUACAGAAGCCAAAGCAGAAAGCAGUUAGUCGUCGUCACUAGUGGAGGGUCUCUGCUGUGGAUUUCUGGUUAGGGGUCACUGAGUCAAGGCUGUUUUCUGGGAACCUGUCUUUCUGGAAUUUUGAGUUUAAGGCAAGCAGUCAUUAGGUAUUAAGAUGGAGGUCUAGCACAAAAUGGUUUCACUGGCUGACCUUUACACCAUGAACUGAUUAAUGCAAAUUUUUCUUUGCCAUUAGGAAGAAAAAUGGUCUACUUACAUUAAAGGAAAAUAGGAGUUUUGUGUUUAAAUUAUUGGACAGAGAUUCAUGAAUCUUGUGUUUAGUGAAUUUAUAAUUUUAAAUACAUUCUUAAUUUUAGUUUGAAAAGUCUUAAUAUUUAAUGUUAUUUUUGUUGUUGUUUGUUGUUGUUGUUUUUACUUUGGAUGGCCUGUAGCCCCGUGUGAACCCCCAGUGUUGCAUCAGGAAAUGAAAACUCAUUAAGAAAACUGCUUUAGUGGGUUGAAUAUCCUGUUUUCCUUCUUGGUGUUGACUACCCUGAGUAAUUAUUAUUAAUUCUUCUGUAACGAAACUGUCCCCUGCCUUACCACUGAGGAGCUGGCUUCUUAUUUGGGGCAAAGGUGUUGGUAAUUGUUCUUUCAUUCCAUCAGCGGCUGGCCUAGCUGGCUGUGCAAAUGUUCUUAGAAUUGGCUAAGAGGUGUGGAGCCAUUUUCAAGUCCUGCUUGUCUGCUUUUCCCGUCCCUCCUUUUUAGGGUUGUUUCUGGCUCCAGCAGGUGGGAUGUACAUACUCACUGGAUGGUUCUUUCCUGUUGCAGACUAGAUCCCCAGAUCCACAGACCUGGCCAGACUGUCGUCCCCGGCUGCUCUGGUGAAACUGCUGGAGGUAGAAAGCGCUGGUCUACCUCUUUAUAUUUGGAGGGAAAUGUCCAAAGUUCAUACACUCAUUGAAGCAAAAAAGGCUAGGGCCCAUGGCAUCAGCUCAGAGAAUAUGGGAGAUAAAAAGACCGUAGGCAAGCCCAGUGCUGAAGACCCAGGAGGCCCAGCUGAGAGUCUGUUCUUGAGCAGGUGAGAGAGGCAGCUUGCUCUAGUCUGUUGCUGCACAUAGCCCGAGAGCUUCCUGGCCUAGAGUAGUUCAGCAUUGGGGGAGGACAAACACCGUUUAACCUCUGCUUUGAUUGAAGUUUUGUCAGGUUUUAAGAGACUCUGAGCUGAGUCAUGUGUCAUCAAUGGCUGGGCACACUCUGAACUUUAGCAUUGUGCAGACAUUAUAAAGUGCACAUCACAAACUUGAGGUGUCACUAGGUGGUAUAGUCAUAUGAGAUCCCUGUUGUAUGACCUGUGUCAUUGACUGAACACUCUUGGUCUCUUAUAUCUCAUAUUCAGUGAGAGAGAUGGGCCUGUGGGUCUGAGGGGGCUAUUGUUCACCUCAGAAAGUGGACAUCUGCCUUCGGAGGAAAGAGGCUUGGGAGAAGUUCUGAGCAGCCACAAUGAACUGGAACUUUACUGAUUGUCCUCCAAAGUGUCCAUGCUGAGGGAUGAACUUCAGGGCUGAGCUCUCAGAGGCAUGGGAGGUGCUGAAGAGAUGACUCCGUGAUUAAGAGCACUAACUAUUCUUCCAAAGGACCCAGAUUCAAUUGCCAGCACCCAUAUGGUGGCUCCCAACCAUCUGUAACUUCAGUCGUAGGAUAUAUGAUGGCCUCUUCAUUCUUCCUUGGGCCCUGCAUAAAUGUGGUGCUCCCACAUAGAUGCAGACAAAACACCCUACACACAAAAUUAAUUUUUAAAGAAGAGGCGUAGGAUGCAGAACUAAGAUACAGGAGUGUGGAGUCAGCAAAGGGCUCCUCUCCAACUGCAGUGGAGGGAACAAGGGACAGGAAGAGUCCAUCCAAAGCCUCUGUGAAAGAGUGGCUGUGGCUAGGGAGCCUUCCCAGAGCACUGUGAAAUGGCAGCUUCGGGGCCAUCCUGCCUCUGUCCUGCCAGCACCAUGCUGUGUUCCUCCUGUUGUCAGAGGACAUGGGCUUCCUGUCUGGAGACCCCAGCUGUGGCGGCCACCCUGCACCUACUUGCUGACACUGUUCGGAACUGAUGCAGUGGGCCAGGCUCUGGUCUUCGUUUGCCUGCACUGUUAUUCUUUCUGGUUCUUUUCUGGUGCUAAGUGCUGCGUGGCAUAUUCUGGUCUGCGGGCUGGGAACGCCCCAGUGUGCUUGCUGCCAGGCCAGCCCGCAUCUCUCUCUGGUGUUCAGUCUGAGCAAGCUUCAGCCAUGUGGCGUGCAGUUUAGGCUGCGGCAGGGGUACAGCCUGUGGAGACUCUGCAGAGCUGUUGUACAUGUCCUGGGGACUUGACUUUGGUCAGUUUCUUGGCUGGUUUUUGCUUCAUGUAAAUUUUCCACUUGUACCUGAGUAAAAAUAAGUGCUGACCCUUUUUACGGACUUUUAAGGGGAUUAAAUGCAGUUAU